AUGGCAGCAGUUCUCGUCUCAAUAAACUUGAAACUCGAGAAACUUUCUCCACUCAUGGAAAAGGUUGAGGGUAUGGAACAAUCGUUGAUGUUCAUGUCUCGCACGUUUGAGGAGCUGAAAACAACCAUCAGUGCUCAGGAAAGCGAGAUCAAGGUGCUAAGAAAGAAAGUUGCUGAACUAGAAAGUAAAGAGAGUGACAAUCAAUCGUUGCAAGCUCAGCUUCAGAAGGAAGUAUCUGACCUCGAGUACAAAAGCCGCCAAUUAAACCUGGAAAUUCAGGGAGUACCUGCUGUUCAAGGUGAAAACCUUGUGUCGGUCCUGAACCAGGUCGCAGAAAAGCUUGAUGUUCCGGGCCUUUCCGAACAAGACAUAGGCUGCGGCUUUAAAACUGCUGUCAUUCACCUCCAACACAACAGCCGGUCCAUCAUCCAGCAAGUGCGUGCUGCCUCCCGUUUGAAUGUGACAUCUGGCCCAGAGCCGUGGCGGUCUGGUUUUCGAGCUCCAGGAAUUCCGGUCAAAACAGGGACUGGGUCUGGGGUGCUGGCCGCGCUGUUUGAAGGCAUCUGCCGGCCACGGGGACACGCUGCAGAACACCCCCUGUGGAGUCAUGUUCGCGCCGAGUCGCAGGCGACGGCCUGCAUGCUGGCAGAAGAGUGGAAUGUCCCGACAGGAUCGGCAAGCCACACGAAGAGCAACUGCAAGGUGUCCAUCGAGCCAGAGACGCACCACUGCAAGGAGGUGCCAGCGAGUCCCAUCGCCAUCGAAAGUCGUCGGGAGCCGAACCACAGCGGAGGCUCCCAGCAGAAACGGAGGGAAGAUCAGAGACAGCAGGAGCUUCCGAGCUUCAGAGAGACUGAGUCUGAGCAGUCGGUCACCGGAGGUGGUAGUGGGGCGCUAGGCGCUCUACAAGAUCCGGAUAGGUCAGAUCCAGAGGGAAUGGCAGUACGAUGCCUGCAGCUCGAGCUCGAAAAAGUACGCCUACAGCUUGAAUGUGAACGCGUAGCCCUACGCAGAGCAGAGAUUGAGCAAUCGAGUAGGUCGCCUUCGAUGUCGGGAACGAACGACCGCCGCCAUACCGGCAUUGACGGAGUAGCACAAUGCGCUAAGAUGCUGAAGGCAUACAGGUUGCCGUGCGACGCGGAUGUCCCGAUGUGGUUCGAUGAGGUGGAAAAACUGUUUUCAUCCUUCCAGGUACCGGAAGAGAACGGAGUACACUUGAUAAUGCCUGCGCUGUCUGAGCGAGUCCGCUAUAUGCUGUGUAGCUUGAGUGAAGAGGAGUGUGUGGAAUAUGAGAUCGUGAAACGUGCGGUACUAAAUGAACUUAAGCUCACCCCAGCUGAGUACUUAGACAGGUUUCAAAAGGUGACGAAGAAAAGAGAGGAAACAUGGGCUCAGUUCGCUUCUCGGGCCAGAACGUACUUCGCGUAUUACCUGCAAUCUCGUAAUGCCGAUACUAAGGAAGCGGUUGCUGAGCUAAUGGUCGCUGACCGAAUGAAGGCGAGUUUGGGCCCGGAAGGUCUAGAGUAUGUUCUUUUGCGGGAGGGCGAAAAGUGGUUCAAACCUGUAGAGGUUGCUAAAGUUCUCGAGACUUUUGAAGAGGCGAAAGGAAAGGGUCGAGCAACUAAGACGGUUGGAGUGCCAACUGCUCCGCCGUUAGCCAGGCAGACCGGCAUAGAAAAGGCCAAUGUAAGGUGCUACAUUUGUCGCGGUCAGGGUCACGUGGCUAGGGAUUGUCCUCAGGCCUCAAGUAAGGAGCAGCAGGCGAAGUUGACCACUUUACCGCCACCCGAGCAGGAAAGGGUGCUGAGUGCGAGGAUGGAAGUAUUCGAGCGAAGUGCUGGCUCGGGCCGGUCGAAACUGGAACUUAUCCCGAUCACGUGCGGUGGCAUAACUACUGAAGCUGUGCUGGACACAGACAGUGAAAUAACGGUGAUACGUGAAGGGAUACUUCCGCAAAGGGUAAAGGAUUCAUCGGGCGCAGUGAGGCUCCAGUCGGCGUUUGGAAAAACCAUCCAAGCAACUUUGGCUACAUUGCCAAUAGCUUUAAACUACCCGGGAGGGGUGGGACAACCACAGAAGGUUGAUCUGGUGUGUGCUAUUACUGACCAGCUCGCGGAUGGAGUUAACUGUCUGCUGUCAAAAGAGGAUUGGGAGUUACUGCAUGCACAGGAAGACAAUGGGAGUGAACGGGAAAGUGUUACGCAUGUCGUCAGUGCAGUGGGACUUCGAUCAGAGCCGUGGCGGUCUGGUUUUCGAGCUCCAGGAAUUCCGGUCAAAACAGGGACUGGGUCUGGGGUGCUGGCCGCGCUGUUUGAAGGCAUCUGCCGGCCACGGGGACACGCUGCAGAACACCCCCUGUGGAGUCAUGUUCGCGCCGAGUCGCAGGCGACGGCCUGCUUGCUGGCCGAAGAGUGGAAUGUGUAA